UGCUCUGUCUCUCAAUCCCCUUCAUCCCCCCCCUACAACUUCUAUGCUGCGUUGUUGGUACUGCUGAUUUUCUGUGUGGUCUUCGGCAACGUGCUCGUGUGUGUUGCUGUAUCGAGGGAAAAGGCCCUUCAGACCACAACCAACUACCUCAUCGUCUCACUGGCCGUGUCGGACCUCCUCCUGGCCACUCUGGUCAUGCCCUGGGGUGUCUAUCUGGAGGUUGUUGGUGAGUGGAGGUUUAGUCGCAUCCACUGUGACAUCCUCCUCACGAUGGAUGUAAUGAUGUGCACAGCCAGUAUCCUCAACCUCUGUGCCAUCAGCAUUGACAGGUACACAGCUGUUGCCAUGCCGAUGCUCUAUAAUACACGUUACAGCUCGAGGAGGAGGGUAGUCUUGAUGAUCACGGUGGUCUGGUUCCUCUCCUUUGCCAUCUCCUGUCCCUUGCUCUUUGGUCUCAAUAACACAGCGAGUCAGGAAGGAAAGGACUGUAGCUUUGCUGACCCGGCUUUUGUUGUCUACUCUUCCGUGGCCUCCUUCUAUGUACCCUUCAUCGUGACUCUGCUGGUGUAUGCACAGAUCUGCGUGGUGCUGCGCAAACGUGGCAGACGGACAGCUCCACCCCACAGACACGGCCUGCACUCGGAGCAUGCCGACGCUCUCCGCCAGCACAAGAAUAAAUGCACCCAUCCCGAAGAUGUGAAGCUCUGCAAUCUAAUAGUGAAGCCACCUGCAGUUGCGCCCCAACGUAAGAAAGUGACACUGGUGAAGGAGGCAAUGGUCCACCCUCUGGAGGUGGAGCCCGUGUGUUUUCAGCAGCAGCAGGCUGGCCGGGCCAGCCUGUCCGUCUCUGUGGCACCCGGCCCCGUUGACCCAAGCCCUGCUCGCUCCGCCCGGUCAGCCCUGGCACCCUGCCCAGCCGGAUCGCAGGAUGGCUCGCGUGUGCGUCCGGGAUGGAGGGAGAGGGCUGGAGAGAGAGAGAAGGCUGGAGCAGUUACGGAGAGAGUGCGGGGCAGCCUGUCUCAGCAGAAGGAGAGGAAGGCAACGCAGAUGCUAGCGAUAGUGCUGGGCGUGUUCAUUAUCUGCUGGUUGCCCUUCUUCUUGACCCACGUGCUGAAGGCCCACUGCGGAAGCUGCUGCAUUUCCCCCUCCCUGUACAGUGCAGUCACCUGGCUGGGGUACCUGAACAGCGCCGUAAACCCAGUCAUCUAUACCACAUUCAACAUUGAGUUCCGCAAAGCCUUUAUCAAGAUCCUGCACUGCUGAACUUGAGGAGGAGAUGAAAGAGAUAAAGUAGUUAGAGAGAGC